AAUGCAGAUUUCUACAGCAGGGGCUCAGCCCUGAGAGCCUCUCAGUGCAGAGACCAAGCAGAUCCAGUCCUGCCCAGGGGAGCUGGGACAUGGGCAGGGUGGACAUGAUCUAAUCUUAAUAUCCGUCUGUUCUACAACCACAAAUAUUUCCACUAAUGAAAGCUUUUAGAAAACGAAAAAGAGGGAACUUGUUGCCACAUCUGGGGCUGGUAUGCAGCAAAUCCAGAUGGAACAGAGAGAAAGAAAAAUACCACUUAAUUGGAAGGAGAUGGGGCAAAGAAAAGAGAAGGAUCAGGGAGCACAGACGCAAAGCAUGCAUGGAGGAAUGGAGAGAAGAAAAGCAAAAGCAACUGGUUAUCUUUAAGCAAGUGGCUGGUCUGUGUGCUUGCCUGGGUGACCCUGGUGUGGCACAUCCCAGAGGAGCCUGCUUCAGACUAUUUUGUGUGUGGACUCACCACUCAGCCCGUGCAUGUUGGGGUGCACAGGAUCCACCAGUGAUAUUCACAAUGUGCUGACAUGGAUCCUUGGCCCUUGCAGCUCGGGCCAUCCCUAAUGUGAAGUCUGACUCCAGCUAUACAAGAGUAGGUUGUGUUUAUGAAGGAGGGUGCUGGGUCCUCAUGGCACUGGUGGCAGAAGGUGCUGUGUCCUGAGGGGUAUCUCAAGUGCCAAAGCCCAACUCUGGGUGCAGGUGCCAGUUCUAGAUAUUGUAGAGGGAUUCAUGCUCAGAUGUGGGGUGGAGAUGAUUCCUUCAGUGCUGUCACCCACUGAUUAACACCAGGAAAGGCAGAACAAAACCAGGGAGGUCACGCUGAACUCAAAUUUCCUGCCCAUGCUCUUACACAAGUAAAAGAGGUUCCUAAAAGUUGAUUCAAGCAUCUGGCAGGAUGGGGACAGGAGAAGAAGCUCCUCUGCCUGGAAGUGCCUGGAAUGAGUAUUUGAACAAUUUUAGACAUGGGACUACAACAGGCAGCCAUUUAUCAAAUGCAACAGCAACCGCUACAGCCUUGAUGGAUGCUGCCAGUUCGAGUGACUAUCUGUAUGAGUAUUUGGAUGAGGAGGAUUACAAGCAGUAUGGCCCCUGCAAAAAAAAAGAGGUACUCUCCUUCAGCACAGUAUUUUUGCCAUUGUUUUGUACUGUGGUCUUCCUGGUCGGGUUGGCCGGGAAUGCCCUCCUCUUUAUUGUUCUCAUUAUGGACAUCAAGAAGAAAAAGAAGUCCAAAGUGUAUCUGCUGAACUUGAUGGUUUCAGACUUCUUCUUGCUAUUAACCCUUCCUUUCUGGGCUCUGUACAUUUCUCAGUGGGUGACCUGGGACAUAUUGUGCCUGGUCUUAAAUGCCAUGUACACUGUGAAUUUCUACAGUGGUUUCUGUUUUGUGAGCUGCAUGAGUCUGGACAUGUGUCUGCAGAUAGUUCAUGCUUGCUCUUCAAAUAGCUCCAUGACGUGGAGGAAGUCCAUCCUCAUGUUGCUGGUGGGAUGGGUCCUUUCCAUACUUCUCUCCAUUCCUGAUGGUCUCUUCACCAGCACAACACAAAUCCACAACAAAACCAUCGUGUGUGCCCAUGAUUAUGGCCAGAAUCACUUAUUUUGGAAAGUUGUCUUUUGGGUCAUGCAAAACACCCUGGGUUUCCUUUUUCCCUUCCUCUUCAUGAUGUUCUGCUAUUCCCGCAUAGCGUGUGUCCUCCCUAUGUCUCAGAUGCCUGGCUCAAAGAGAGCACUCUGCUUAGUCCUUACUCUGGUGGGUGUCUUUUUUGUCCUGUGGUUCCCUUACAACAUUGUCCUCAUCCUUCACUCCCUGCAAGAUGUUGGCGUGAUCAGGAGCUGUGAAAGCAGCAGUAGACGACUGGACUGUGCCAUGCAGAUCACGGAGAGUUUGUCCUUUGUCCACUGCUGUCUUAACCUCUUUCUAUAUGCCUUUGUGAAAAAAUGAUUCAGGUUAUGUUUAUGGAAGAUCCCCCAGGCCAUUUUCCGGAGAAGUGCUUUCUUUGACAUCCAGCUUCAAGAGACAAGCCAAUCUUGCAGCAGAUAUGCAGCUGAGAUAGAAGUGUUGAGUAUCACAAAUGCAUGAUAAAUAUUUACAUUAUUUAGACUGUGUGUAUGCCCUCUAUAGUGUACUUUACUGGUCAUGGCUGUGUGAUGGAGUUGGUGAGUAACCAGAUAUUUCAUCCUAGCACCAGCAUCAAGAUGAGGAUUUUCCACACUGGGAUUGGAAAAGUACGUGAGAGAUUUGUUUCUGUUGUGACUGGUAUUAUUAUAAAAGGAUUGACCAGGUUUUAUUAAUGUGCGAGAAGCCCAGCUCCUGUCUGGAGU